CGCGUCCCAAGGAAAAGGGAAGUCGGAGAGACGGAUUUAAACGAAUACAGGAAGAAAUCGGAGAGACCUUCGAUCGCAUUUGGAGGAGGAGAAGGUGAUCUGUUUGCUAUUUGGAUCGCCGGCGAGGGAGAUGACGGAGAUGGGAAGGAAGCCUGGGGAGAGAUCGGGGGUGAAGUCCAACUUUUCGCUUACUUGCAGUCGUCUAAGCCAGUACAUCAAGGGGAACGGGAGAAUCGCCGAUCUCGGUCUCGGCAUGGCUCCUCGCCCUCAAGAAACCACCAUUGGCAAAGCCGAGGCGUUUCGGCCGCCGACGACGAUGUGCUUCUUGCCGGGCGCGGACAUUUCGGGAGCCGCCGAGAGGGAACCGGCGGUCGACGAUGGCUUUUCCCAGGGAAACGCCAUGGAACUGUUUCCCCAGAGCGCCGGGUUUGGCGACGUGGCCCGCAAGACAUCCGUCGUCAGGGAGCCAGAAAAAGGUCAGCUGACCAUCUUUUAUGGCGGAAGAGUGUUGGUGUUCGACCAUUUUCCGGCCGAGAAGGCCGAGGAUCUCAUGCAGAUGGCGAGCAAGGGGAGCUCCAAUGCCCAGAACUUCGGCUAUGCUCCCCCCUCCGCUAAAGCCACUCAAGCAUUGGCCCACCCGAAUGGUCUCCGUAAGGAAAAUCCUGUGCCUUCGGCGGUGGCUCGAGGCCAUGCUCAAAAGCCGGCCCAACCUUACGUUUCCGAUCUCCCGAUAGCAAGAAAGGAAUCCCUCCGUCGAUUCCUUGAGAAAAGAAAAGAUCGGGUGAAUGCCAAGGCACCAUAUCAAGUAAAUGGCUCUUCAGAAAUGGUUGCUGCAGUCAAACGGGAGGAUAGCCAGCCAUGGCUUGGUUUGGGACCGCAGGUCUCGAUAGCCGGCCUAACCUUGAAUUCGGAGUGCAGCAGACAAAGGUCUGGGGUCCCAUGAUCAUGUACCGAGCUGAGCUCAAUGGAUGCUCUGUCCUGCUUGCUCAAUGGACUAACAUUCAUUCUUCUGGAGGGCAUUUGGGUUUUGUUCCGUGUUUUUUUUCACUAAUGUUAACAAAUAGCAGUUCAUGGCUGCCAAAUAGAAUGCAAGAAAGAAAAGAAAUACUUGUCCAUGUGUUUAUUCAUCUUUUACUUGGAUUCUCUUUAUACAAUGACUUGUUUUGAACUUUAUAGUUGUCAUUAUUGUUAUUUAUAUUUUUGUCAAUACUUAGACAUUAUUAUGUAAUUUCUUGAAGAAAAAAAAUUGUUGCCAUGCCUUGGACUA